GCUAUAUACUUAGAUAUAUAAUAUAAUCUUUUAUUAUUAGAUUACUACAUGUGGACAUAUUAUUUUAUAUUUAUUUUUUGUUUUAUAUAUACAAUGAAUAAAAAGAAAUACGAUCAAAAUUAGUUACGAUCAUCAUACAAUUACAUUAGAUAAAUUAUAUUAUGUGUAUGAUAUAUAGAUAUAAUUAAUGAUAUUUGAUUAGUGAUAAUAAGGUCAUUAUUGCAGUAUAAAUUGCGUUCUAAACAUUGAACAAAGAAAGAAUAAAUUAAUUUUUAUGAUCUUCAAGUUCAAGGUAAACAAUCAUUCUGUCUGUCGUAUUCGUAGUAUUCAUACAAGAUGAAAUUUAUGAUUUCACAUUGAGAUAACAUUAUCGAUUAAAAAAUUUGAACGAAUCAUAAUAUUAUAAUCCUACUUUAAUAGUAGAAUAUUACUGUGUGUGUUCUAAACGAACGUUUGUUGAUAUUAUUUAUUUCAGUAUAAUUUAAAUACAGAUAAUUAUAUGUUCAAUAUAAAUAUUGAUAAAUAUAAUAUUACAUUAUAUAGUUUAUAUUACUUAUAUACUUUAUAUAAUACAAUAUUACUUUAGAUAUAUUAAACGAUGAACGUUUUAUCGUAGAUUAAAUUAGAUUAAAAAUUGGAUCAUUAAAGAUCAUUAAAAGAGUUUAAGAAAUUAAUUAUUAUGAAUCUAAUUAUUAAACUAAUUAUUAAUAUGUCAAUAUUUUGAAAUAAGGUAGUAAAAGAUUUUAUUAGUUUUAUCGUCUUUGUAAUUAUCUCUGAACUCGUAAAGAUGUCUUUCUUUUACGAAGAAAUUUUUUGAUAUAUACCUACACACAGAUAUAUGUGUGUGUGGGUAUGUAUAUAUAUAUAUAUACGAUUGUACCAAAUGCCCUAUCUUAAUUUUGUUUAUAUCAUUAUUCAAUCAAAUGUCAUUGGACAAAUUGGCAUAGAUUGAGACUGGUAGAUACUAACGUUACAGCGUGAUGACGAUGUAACAAGCCAACUAUAAUAACGAGCGUUUAAUACGAAUAAUGCGACACUUGCAAGAAGGCGAUGUAAGUCACGUCUCUGACCGAUUUAUUUCCGAGAUUAUGUGUAUAUUAUACAGAUAUAUAUAUAUAUAUAUAUAUAUAUACAUAUAUAUAUACAUAUAUAAUAUAUAAAUGUAUAAAUCGCGUAAUCUAACUUCUUACGAUCGUCAAGGGCAACGGACAAUCAAAUUUUUCAUUUGUUUUCUAUCAUAAAGAUAGUUAACGGAAUAUCGUUUUUUUAGAAUGAGUUCCUUUUGGAUUAUUAUCUAUCAGUCUCGAUUUCUCUUUGCUUGACUCGCGUCCUUUUUCUAGAAUCACAAGACAAUCGUAUAAAGAAAAAAGAAGGAGAAACGAAGAAAGCACAAGAGCAGCAUAUGAUAGCUUUUGGUUGAGGUUUCUCGUAAAUAUAACAUAUACAUACUUAGAUAAAGAGAAAGAAGACAACGUCGAAGGUCGCUCAAAGAGAAAAUACAAAGUUUAGAGUCAAGGAUAAAAAUCACCAGCCGUGGAUCACAUAAACGAAGGUAGCCAAACGGUGGUGCCCAAACACCGAAAUGCUCGUCGCAAAAAAGCGAAAAGCGUGACUAGUGAUUCCAAGGGGAGGGUCAUGACAAAUCCUUGUGGAGAAUUCCGCAAGGAUAUGCAAAAGCGUAUCGCGCCAGGAGGUCCACAAUCGGCUAUAUUACCAGCAUGUUCCAUGACUACGAUUCAAACUCAAAGUGUCCCAACAACGCCAAUGCGACCACGAUCACUUUAUACGACUCACAGUUAUCACGCUCAGACCGAGGACACUAACUUUCAACGAUACAGUGAAUUUUCCAAGUACUUCGAAACACCACCAGCGGAUCAAUGGACUGGUAUGACGGGUACAACUACUUAUUCGAAUUCGCCGGCAAUUUGGAGACAGCCAAGAAAUCUUAAAACAAUCGCAGCUCCUUAUUACGCGAAUGAGGAACCCUGUGUUUAUACGGAAAAUUGGAGAGAACAUGAAACCGAUGCGGGUUCCGGAGGUGCCAUUACAACACCACACGGUACCAUCUCCUUGAGACUCCGCAAUAGGAUUCGAGUUGAUAUGACGGUUGAUCGUGCUGUGAGAGUGAUCAAUUUUAAGAAUAAUAUCGUGCUUUCGUUAAGUUGUUCUGGAACAGCCUCUGCAUUACUACAUCCGAAUGGAAGAAUAUAUCAAUAUGGAUCGCGCGUUGAAAUUCUAGCUCAUGAUACACACGGCAAUAAUAAAUAUGCAAAGAUGUGGUACAAGGGUGUUAGUUUUACAUGUGAACAAUGUGCUCUUGUAUAUUUAGUGGAUACAGCGGGAACAAGAACGACUACUGACUCGUUUUUGGAUAUGAGUCAAGACAUUUCUUUAAGUGUUUUUUAUUCCGGCUCGCGACAUGGAUCGACGUGCUUACAAGAAGCGACUACAGUUCUCGGAGCUUCGCAAUAUUGGAUUACAGAUGAAGGUGUUGAAAAUUGGAUCAUCAAUAAUGUUAGAAUUUCUCAGACUCCAGAUGGACUUGUCAGAAUUGGACGUAAUAGCAACAAAUAUCAGUUACGAACGUCACCUAGCAAUGGAACUGCAUCCCUAACAACUCCGUUUCUACAUUGCACAGCCUCAUUGGGUCAAACAUCUCAUUUAUUUGUACGCCGAGGAGAACGGCGCAUGCAUUACGAUGGAACAAGUUUCAUUGUACGCAAUGCAGGUCACAGUGCUGGAUUUGACGAUAAUGACCAAUUAAAAGUCUAUUGAGAAGUUUGACUAUUUAUUCGAUGAGAUUAUACUUAUUAAUUAUGAAUGUAGUAUAGUCAAUAAUUAAAUAUAUUUAUCGCUUAAAAAGCUGGUCGAUAUA